GCUAUCAGCAGCUCGCAGGUUCUCCAUCGCCGGCACCGCUCUUCCCCGCCCCUCACCCCCUCGCACCCUGAUCCCUGAAGCUCGUGGCAUUGGGCUUCCACAUUCUUGUAUUUCGGUAUCAGUCUUUGGGAUUCGGUUGGUUGAAGCGGUAGAGGCCCAGAAGAGCUUGGCCAGUCUAGCUUAUUUUUCAGGUGGACUUUGUAAAGAAGACUCGCAGCUUGCAAGCGGAACUGGGAAGAUGGUGGCCACUGUGAAUGGAGGGCAGUCUGCGGGAUUGAAGUUUUUGAUCUACGGGAAGACCGGAUGGAUCGGAGGCCUGCUGGGGAAGCUGUGCACGGAGCAAGGAAUCGCGUACGAGUAUGGGAAGGGGAGGUUAGAGAACAGGAGCUCGAUUGAGCAGGACAUCAGCACAGUGAAGCCGACGCACGUGUUCAAUGCGGCGGGAGUGACGGGACGGCCCAAUGUGGAUUGGUGCGAGAGCCACAAGAUUGAGACGAUUCGGGCGAAUGUGGUGGGGACUCUGACUCUGGCGGACGUGUGCAAGCAGAAUGAUCUGGUGCUGGUGAACUAUGCGACGGGGUGCAUUUUCGAGUACGACGAUGCGCAUCCGCUGGGGAGCGGGAUCGGGUUCAAGGAGGAGGAGUCGGCCAACUUCCGGGGGUCGUACUACUCGAAGACGAAGGCUAUGGUCGAGGAGCUGUUGAGGGAGUUCGACAACGUGUGCACAUUGCGCGUGAGGAUGCCGAUCACGGGCGACCUGUCGAACCCGCGGAACUUCAUCACGAAGAUCACGCGGUACGAGAAGGUGGUGGACAUUCCGAACUCGAUGACGAUCCUGGACGAGCUGCUGCCGAUCUCGAUCGAGAUGGCGAAGAGGAACCUGACGGGGAUCUGGAACUUCACGAACCCGGGCGUGGUGAGCCACAACGAGAUUUUGGAGAUGUACAAGGAGUACGUGGACCCGAGCUUCACGUACAAGAACUUCACGCUGGAGGAGCAGGCGAAGGUGAUAGUUGCGGCGCGGAGCAACAACGAGCUGGACGCAUCGAAGCUGUCGAAGGAGUUUCCUGAAAUGCUGCCGAUCAAGGAGUCGUUGAUUAAGUACGUGUUCGAGCCCAACAAGAAGACCAACAAACCUUGAGCGGCUGUCAAUUCCACUUCGUAUUCCGUUGGCUACGUCGAAAUUACGAGCUUUGAGCUCAGAUUCUUUAGUAGUUUAUGUACGCAUUGGCGUGCACAGUAGUACCAAUUCAUAGUGCACAUGCAAGUCUUGGUGUAAUGUUUUCAACCCAGUGCUGGCGCACUUAUUGUGUAAUGUCAAUGUGGGUUUAAUUCUAUUCUUUCACAAUGACAUGUU